GUGCAACUCGAACUUGGUCGGGGCGCGGAUCCCGAGAGGGAAAGUGAUAACUACCGCACGAGGGAGUUCGACUGGCGAGCUGGAAGGCCACGCCUCCUCCCGCCUGCCCCCGCAGCCCUGUAGCUGGGGGCAGAGCUCAGAUGCUUGUAUUGCUUCCACCUUUUGGCUAUGGUGAAUAAUGCUGCUAUGAACAUGGGUGUGCAAAUAUCUGUUUGAGUCUCUGCUUUCAUUUCUUUUGGGUAUGUACCCAGAAGUGGAAUUGCUAGAUUAUAUGACUGUCUUCUGAAGAUUGAUGUCUAUUUCCUUGAGCUCUUUAAUUUUGUUGCCAAUUUGGAUAAGCAUGGCACAAAUCCAGCAGGGAGGUCCAGAUGAAAAAGAAAAGACUACAGCACUGAAAGAUUUAUUAUCUAGGAUAGAUUUGGAUGAACUAAUGAAAAAGGAUGAACCACCUCUUGAUUUCCCUGAUACCCUGGAAGGAUUUGAAUAUGCUUUUAAUGAAAAGGGGCAGUUAAGGCACAUAAAAACUGGGGAACCGUUUGUUUUUAACUACCGGGAAGACUUGCACAGAUGGAACCAGAAAAGAUACGAAGCUCUAGGAGAGAUCAUCACGAAGUAUGUAUAUGAGCUCCUGGAAAAAGACUGUAAUUUGAAAAAAAUCUCUAUUCCAGUAGAUGCUACUGAGAGUGAACCAAAGAGUUUUAUCUUUAUGAGUGAGGAUGCUUUGACAAAUCCACAGAAACUGAUGGUUUUAAUUCAUGGUAGUGGUGUUGUCAGGGCAGGUCAGUGGGCUAGAAGGCUUAUUAUAAAUGAAGAUCUGGACAGUGGCACACAGAUACCUUUUAUUAAGAGAGCUAUGGAUGAAGGAUAUGGAGUAAUAGUACUGAAUCCCAAUGAAAACUAUAUUGAAGUAGAAAAGCCGAAGAUACACGUGCAGUCAUCUUCUGAUAGUUCAGAUGAACCAGCAGAAAAACGAGAAAGAAAAGAUAAAGUCUCUAAAGAGACAAAGAAGCGACGUGAUUUCUAUGAGAAGUAUCGUAACCCCCAAAGAGAAAAAGAAAUGAUGCAGUUGUAUAUCAGAGAAAAUGGUUCUCCUGAAGAACAUGCAAUCUAUGUGUGGGACCAUUUCAUAGCCCAGUCUGCAGCUGAAAAUGUAUUUUUUGUUGCUCACAGCUAUGGAGGACUUGCUUUUGUUGAACUGAUGAUUCAACGAGAAGCAGAUGUAAAAAGUAAGGUAACUGCUGUGGCGUUGACAGACUCUGUUCACAAUGUGUGGCAUCAAGAAGCUGGCAAAACGAUUCGAGAAUGGAUGAGAGAGAACUGUUGUAAUUGGGUCUCUAGCACAGAACCAUUAGACACAUCAGUGGAGUCCAUGCUGCCUGACUGUCCCCGAGUCUCAGCAGGCACCGACCGUCACGAGCUAACGUCCUGGAAGAGCUUCCAGUCUAUUUUCAAAUUCUUCACCGAAGCCUCGGAGGCCAAGAGCAGCUCCCUGCGGCCGGCCGGGACGCGGCGCUCGCACCGACUGAAGCCCGAGGAGCCGUAGGAGGCGAGAGCGGGCGCCGGGGAGGGGCCGCCCCCGCCCGUCUCCUGCCGCCUGCUGCCGGCGAGCAGCCUCCCAGCCCUUCAUUAGAUUGUUUUCUUCCCAGAGCACAGGGUCGUGAUAUAUACAUCUAAAUAGCGUUUUGCAUUAUUUCUAGAUGAGUGCAACUGUCAAAGCAAUAUGGGUGCACUGGCCGUGCUUGCUGCGGGCCGAGCGCGGCCUCCGCCGCCCGUCCGCGCGCAGAGGGAGGCCGACAGCGCCCUGCCCCGCGCGGCCCGCGCGCCUCGGAGUGCCCCGACCCAGCCGGCGCGGCCGAGCGGCGUCUGCGCGGUCCUACCGCCCGCUGCCGCGCGGCCGCCGCUCCCCGACCCCGCCGUCCUCCGUCCCUCCAUCAUGUCCAUUUUUUUGUCUCCGAACAGAAGCAAAUUUUUAUCCUAGACUCCAGACUUCCAUUUUAAGUAAACUUUUCCCUGAGGGCGUCUUAUGCCCCCCUCCUUUUUUAAGGAAGCCCCCCACCCCUCCAAAAGCCAAAUUUAAAUACAGAACAUGAAUGCCAUGAUGUACUAUGUAGUUUUGGGAGUGCAAAUUGUUCUCUCCCUAACGAUCUAUUUUCAUUUCGAGACCAGAAGAAAAAGUUUGCGUAAAAAUCUAUAAAGUACCGAAGCCGCAUUACUGCUGAAAAUCCUUGCCAGUUGAAUAUGAGAUUUUACACACCUCUAAUUUCAGAAGAGAUUGUUUAAAACACAAUAAUGAGCAAACCUUGUAAGUGUAUAUGUGAAAGGUCCUAUUUUCAAUGGAAUUUCCAACUUUAUCAUUAGAAUUGAUUUUAGUUUUUAAAUAUAUAAUGUGUAUUGAGUGGCAUUGUAAUUUAGAUGGCAUACUUAAGUUUUGCUUUUUAAAUCUUAAUGUGGAGAAAGUUUGUUGUGGUUAAUCCUGACUAGAAUGAUCUAUUCUGAGCUUUCGUGGAGUUAGACCUUUUUAGGGAUGGAAUUUUUUAUUGUCUUCAGGAAAAUGAACCUGUGUACCCUUAAGCCUUUUCCUUCUGAAAGACUAACUGGGGCUAAAAUGAAUCUUUUAGUUUUCUGUUGCAGCAGAAAGAGAAAGACCUGAUGUGAAAGAUUUUCUCCUCUCAAUCCAGUGUAAUAAUUUUCAGUAGUCCACUUUCUCUGUAGGGUUUUGCCCUACAGUUUCAACAAUUAAGUAUUUUAAUUCAGCUGAGAUCUGGCCAACACUGUGAAAUAUGAGGUAAAAUAAGUUAAGAUUUUGCUGACUUUUAAAUUCAAAUAUUAAAUCUUAACAUUAUCAAUUUUUAAUUACUUGAAGAAUUUAAUUACCUAGUGAAGAUUCUGUUUCUAAUAAAUGAAGAUCUGAUUUUUUCAUUCUUUUUUAAAGUGUAUGCAACAAUAUGCCUGCCUUAUUUGAGGACAUGAUAAAAUGUACCCAAAAUGACUUAGAACUGAAUCCUCAGAAAAAUAACUUAAAAUAACCACCUCAUGGAUAAAGUGUUUUUAUAUUAUGAACUGAUUUCAGCAAGUUUUAAAAUGGAUAAUAUCUGUGUUAGGUAUAGUAGUACAUUAAUUAGUUCUUAUAGUUUUAAUGAUGGCAAAUUAAAGUGAUCUUUUGUCAGUGGUCGUAUAUGCAUAUUUUUUUAUGUUAUUUUAGCAGAAACAACACAGGAGGAAAAAUCAAAAUGUCAUUUUAUCCAGCUCCUGGAUGGCUUAAAAUGUAUAAUGUCAAGCACAGUGGUCUACAGUUUUUUGUAUUUUAGAAGUGAUGGUUUAACUGUGUAAAGUAAUGGUACUUUCCAUUGAGAGGAUUUGAGAAUUGAUGUGGAUUGAAUAUAUAUUUCAAAGUGUUAUAAAUCGUAUGUUUUCAGUAUAUGAAAUGUUCACAGGAAACUGAUUCUAUUGCAUUUUUUUUAAUCAGCACUUCUGUAAUGCUAAAUUCGUGAAGCUUCUGCAGCUGAAUUAGAGCAAAGUAAAUACGCUCAGCUUAUAAAACAAAUCACUCCUAUUCCUUCAAUUUUCUCACAUCUCUAAAAAUCUUCACUUGUAACUACAGUAAAUCACUGUUUAAUUGCCUUUAAUACUUUAAAACUUUGGGUUGUUAGGCCUUGUUUAACUAUCUAUAAAGAGCUAUUUGCAAACUUAAGUUGUGUAAAUGUAAUUUCUACUUGUGGAUCUGAGCUGUAGCAACCCGGAGAGAGCCUGGCAAGCCAUCCCAGACCUCCAGCUGAGAACUGAUAAGAUUCCUCGUACUGUAGGAUUUUUUUAACCUGUUGCUUACGAGUCUGUUGGUAUAAAUUUAAUAAUAUCAUUCACCUCAAUUUUCCCGGAGUAACAACCAUCAGUUGGUAGUGGCCUCCUACUUGGAGGAGUCAAGUGUUUGCGAUCUUUCUGCUCUGACCAUCUCCUCCCCAUUUUGGUUUCUUUAGACAGGUUUUUCGCAAAGUAGAGGUUUCAAGUUAGGAUGUGAGCUUUUUUUAAAAAAAAUUAUAUACUCAGUUCUUAGAGCAAGUGGAAUGGGAAGCAAGGAGUUGUUGAUAAAUCUAAGAUUCAAAAUAGUCCUGUUAAAAUUUAAAAGCCAGUUAAUAGCUGUGAGGCUUUCUGAAGGUACCUAACCAUGCAGCCGGGAAAAGUUUUCGUGGAUGGUUGAAGGGGGGAAAUCUACUUGUAACAAUUGUUCUUUUCUCAACUUUCUGCUUUGUGCUUCGACCUGGAUUGCAUUAUUGUUUAUACCCAAAAAAGUAAAGCACAGGAGUUUCCUAUAUAUUAUAUAUUUCUGUUUAUCAUUUUAAAAUAAAAACAGUUUUCCCAACGA